GGGUGUUUUUGAUGUGGUUGCUUUGGUGGUGAUCGUCGCUGACUUUCCAAAGAGGGUGUUUUCGCUGCCGCCGCUGCUGCUGCUGCUUCUCUCCGCGUUGUGUGUGUGCGCGCGUGAUUUUUUUUUGGUUGCUGCAUCGACGCUGGGAAGAUGCUUCUGGAUGCUGGACCGCAGUAUCCCGCCAUAGGAGUCACUACCUUCGGAUCCUCUCGCCACCACUCCACGGCUGAUGUCACGGACAGAGAAGUGGGGCUGGGGAUCAACCCCUUCGCCGACGGCAUGGGCGCCUUCAAAAUCAACCCCAGCACCCACGAGCUGGCCUCGGCCGGCCAGACCGCCUUCACCUCGCAGGCGCCCGGCUACGCGGCGGCGGCCCUGGGGCACCACCACCACCCGACCCAUGUCAGCUCCUAUUCCAGCGCCGCCUUCAACUCCACCCGGGACUUUCUGUUCCGCAACCGCGGCUUCGGGGAGGCGGCGGCCGCCAGCGCCCAGCACAGCCUCUUCGCCUCCGCUGCCGGCAGCUUCGCCGGACCCCACGGACACACAGAUGCCGCGGGACAUAUACUUUUCCCGGGGCUGCACGAACAAGCCACCAGCCACGCUUCGCCUAACGUGGUGAACGGGCAGAUGCGCCUGGGCUUCUCCGGAGACAUGUACGGCAGACCCGACCAGUACGGCCAGGUCACCAGCCCCCGCUCCGAGCACUACGCCUCGACCCAGCUGCACGGCUACGGCCACAUGAACAUGAACAUGGCAGCCCACCACGGGGCAGGGGCCUUCUUUCGUUACAUGAGGCAGCCCAUCAAACAGGAACUCAUCUGUAAGUGGAUUGAGCCCGAGCAAUUGUCAAACCCCAAAAAGUCCUGCAACAAAACUUUCAGCACGAUGCACGAGCUGGUGACUCAUGUCACGGUGGAGCACGUUGGAGGACCCGAGCAGUCCAAUCACAUAUGUUUCUGGGAAGAGUGUCCAAGAGAAGGGAAACCUUUCAAGGCCAAAUAUAAACUUGUAAAUCACAUCAGAGUCCACACAGGUGAAAAACCUUUCCCCUGCCCUUUCCCAGGCUGUGGCAAAGUGUUUGCCAGAUCAGAGAAUCUCAAAAUACACAAAAGAACUCAUACAGGUGAAAAACCAUUUAAGUGUGAGUUCGAGGGCUGUGACAGGCGCUUUGCAAACAGCAGCGACCGCAAAAAGCACAUGCAUGUGCACACUUCCGACAAGCCCUAUCUCUGCAAAAUGUGCGACAAGUCCUACACGCACCCCAGCUCCCUCCGAAAGCACAUGAAGGUCCAUGAAUCGUCCUCGCAGGGGUCCCAGCCUUCUCCCGCCGCCAGCUCAGGCUACGAGUCCUCCACCCCUCCAACCAUCGUGUCUCCAUCCACAGAAAACCAGACCGCCAGCUCCUUAUCCCCUUCCUCCUCCGCAGUCCAUCACACGUCCAGCCACAGCACGCUUACAUCAAAUUUUAACGAAUGGUACGUCUAAAACGCUAAAACAAAACAACAACAAAACGCAAACCGAAACAAAACAAAACAAAACAAAAAAGCCCCAAGCGAGCAAACAAUUACCCUAUUUAAAGACUCCAAAAUAAUGGACACUCUGAAAUCAAAAUUUAAAUGAGCAAACAAAAGUAAAAUGCUGCCAGUAGACCCAGGACUGAGUAAAAUGAAGACUUAAUUUUUUAAAAAUAUUUUUUUUUCCUCUAUUAUUUCUCUCUCUUUUUAAAAAUAGUGGUGGUUGGUGUGUUUUUUUUUUUUUUUUUUUUUUUUGGUUUGUUUUUUUUUUUUUAUUUUUAAUUUUUUUUUUUUUCUGACUGUUCUGCUCUGUUCCAAGGCUUGGUAGGCGAAGGGGUUAGUAGAAUGCAUAAGAAGACAAGGUUACCAGGGCAAAUGCCAACUGUGUAGGGCUUUACUGGAAACCACUGAUUAGAGAUCGCCAACUGCAUGUCUGCUCGGGCAGCGGCCUUCCCCCCCAUCCCCUCUUGUAAAUACAGAAUUAUUAGCUUCAAAAACAAAACAACAAAAAAAGUGUACUGUUUGAUUUUGUAAAUAGUUAUAUCGCAAGUUGAAUAAGGGGAUAUGUGGAUUUGUGGUCUUUGCAUAUAUGUGGGGGGAGGGGCGGGCGGGCGGGAGCGGCGGCGGGGGGGAGGAGGAGGUGGGGGGGCAGAGGGAAGAGGUAGAAAUUCAACUAUUUGUACUGAAUGGCAAGAAUGUUCUAGUAAAUGUGUAUCAAAAUGUGAAUUACUUUGUAUUAUUACAGUCUAAACGUCGAUCUAACAGAAUAUUAUUGGUAUUAAUGUGCUUUUUUGUAUAAAGUGCAACAUUUCGUCCCAAAGUCCAGUCUAAGUAGUGCAGUAAAAUGUUGUUACACGUCCUGUCAAGAAAUUCGUAUAGUGAAAGCCUGGAUCUGCGUGUCAAACUGUUACAUUUGUUUAUGUAAAGUGAUAUUAAAAAAAAAAAAAAAAAAGAUAUAAACUAUAUCUGUCCGUUGCUUUUGGCAAAUACAAGAACAUAAUGUAUAUAAAUCCUAAUUUCCAUAUUUAUCCGCAUGUAAAGGUCCGGUUAUACCUGUUACAAGAUAUUCAAUAUUUAUGGCUAGAAGAAUUGGUAUGUAAAAUUUAGUUUACAGAACUGUUUGGUAACAUUUCGUACCUUAUUAAAGAUUCUUAAAUCCUAAGAA